CGACUCUCUCAUCCUCCUACACCACCGCACCCAUCUACCCGGAGCAGCAGCAGCACAGAGCCCAGAGCGCCACCAGCCGUCCGAUCGACACACAGAAGAUCCGAUGGCUCUCGCUCUCUCCGGCUCCGCUGCUGCCCGCGCGCUCGCCCAGCUGCUCGCCCCGAACACCAGGGGCUACGCCGCGGCGGCCGCCUCCGGCGCGAUGAGGCGCGGCGCCGCUGACAGGAAGGCGGCUGGCGAGGCCGAGAAGGCCGCCACCGACGCGUCGUGGGUCCCUGAUCCCGUCACCGGCCACUACCGCCCAGCCAACCGCGCCGCCGCCGUCGACCCCGCAGACCUCCGCGCCGCCCACCUCGGCCGCACCCACGCACGGGCUUGAAAGGCCCGCUCCACCAUUCUACUCCCUCGCGUGAUAAACCGCUGAUAAGUGACAGUAACAGGGGAGGUUGGAGGUUCGUCCGCGCUCCGCUACCGACGUCCCCGGACGUGCGCGCUCUCCACAAGAUCCAUCCUA